CACUUCAUCUAUGAAAUUGAAUCGUUCUUCUAAGCAUUUCAUUCAUCAAGCUUGUUUUUGUUGAGCGGAUUGAAGCUUCAGGGUCAACGAUCGGCCAGCUCGGUCUUCCCAAGGGAAGAAUUCGAGAGCAAACGAUGAACCCAUCAACAAAAUGAAUCGAAUUCUUCAACAAAAUCAAUAGCCCUUUCAAUGGCGUCAUUAGCAGCGCAUCUCUCCGCCGCCCUCUUCCUCGUUCCCAUAGGCGUUCGUCGGCUACUCUGUUCUUCCUCUGUUUACAUCGACAACCCAUCGCUUUACCGAUCAAGAACAUGGUACUUAUCCGAACCCAAAUGGAAAAAUUUCGAUUUAUAUUCUCUGGUCCUCCUCCUCCCCAUUGCCGCCUUCUCUGAAAUCUUCCUUUUCCUUGCAUUUUCCGGGAACCCCACUUACAAAUUUGCAUUUUCCCACCAAUCAAUGGCCAUUUUCUUCUUCUGGGCACUCACGAUUCUCAUUAUUUUGCGGGAAAAUUUCGACCCUCUUCUUGUAAGUGAGAGUUUCAUCUUCGUUUUCGCUGGAAUCGCUUUUCUCAUUGAGUAUUCAGUGAUUGGCAAUGGUAUUACUGGUCUUGGUGGCGCUUUUUAUAACUUAUCUAGCGGAUUAGCCCUUCUUUGUGCUUGUUGUUGCAUGUAUUUGUCUAUGAAACCCGCUUCAUUUUUCGCUGAAUUUCUACUUUCUUCUGGCUUAACGUUUAAGGGUACAUGGAUGUUCCAAAUUGGGAUGUCUUUGUAUACCGAUGCGUUUGCUUUGAAGGGUUGUCGUGCAAUAUUGCCUGCUACCGAAGAUGCUUUUGUUCAAUGUGAUCUUGAGGAGGAUCAGAUGAGGGCAACAAGAUUUUUAGGUGCCGCGAGGGGAGCGGCCCUUUGUUGGCUGAGUUUGGACAAGAAACCAUGUUGAGUUCAUCGUCUCCUGAGAUUGAGAUGGAGUGAAAUUGUGUGGCUUCUCAUUCAUUACUGUAUCUUUACACAUUAUAGUGGAGAAAAAAUGGAUUUGUUCUUUCAUAUUGUGGCUUUGGCGUAUAGUAAAUGUUCAUAAGUUCUUGUUCUUAUA